AUGUAUACCGGGGAGAGCGACGAAGAGGAGAGAGGCGGGGAGAAAAGGAGGAAGAAGAUGGCCACCCACUUCACGCUCAACACCGGGGCACGCAUCCCCUCGGUAGGCCUCGGCACCUACAAGUCCGACCCUGGCGUCGUCGCCGGCGCGGUCACGGCCGCCAUCAAGGCCGGGUACCGGCACAUCGACUGCGCACCACUAUACAAGAACGAGAAGGAGAUUGGCGCUGCCCUGAACAAGCUCUUUGAUGACGGCGUCGUCAAACGACAAGACCUUUUCAUCACUUCAAAGAUAUGGUGCAGCGAUCUCGCACCCGAAGACGUUCCGUCGGCAGUCGACCGCACUCUGAAUGAUCUGCAGCUGGAUUAUCUUGACCUGCACCUGAUUCACUGGCCCUUUCAGAUAAAGAAAGGCAGCGAGUUGAGCCCGGAAAACUUUGUCGAGCUCGAUAUGCCCGAGACCUGGCGGGCAAUGGAGAAGCUGUACGAUUCAGGCAAGGCCCGCGCAGUAGGGGUAAGCAAUUUUUCGACCAAGAAGUUGGCCGAUCUGCUCGCUGUGGCCCGUGUUCCUCCGGCUGUUGAUCAGGUGGAGUGCCACCCUGGUUGGCAGCAGACCAAGCUCAGAGCCUUCUGCCACACCAAUGGAGUUCAUUUCUCUGCGUAUGCGCCGCUAGGCAGGAUGAAAGUCGUGGCGGAUAACCCGGUGGUGGCAUCGGUAGCCGAGAGCUUGGGGAGAACCCCAGCACAGAUCGCUCUGCGAUGGGGUAUCCAGCAGGGUCAGAGCGUGCUUCCUAAAAGUGUCAAUGAGUCGAGGUUGAAGGAGAACAUUGACCUGUUUGGCUGGUCCAUUCCUGAAGAACUGUGUGCCAAGUUUUCUGAAAUUGAACAGGUUAAGCGAAUAAGGAACGAAUCAUUGGUGCACUCUCAGAGUAUUUACAAAACGAUUGACGAGCUCUGGGAUGGUGAGAUAUAA